UUAUCGGAACGGGAACGGCGCGAUUCGGACCUUCUCUCCCACAGAACGGUACAGUGGCACUUUAGUAGCAGCGGAGUUGCGUUGGUGUGCGUUUGCGAUUUGUGGUGGACAGCUCCUGGCAGUCUUGCACAUAAAUCUUGCCUAUAUUUGCCGGUCGGAGGAGACUACAGGACAGGUAGGACUGUGAGAGAGCGAGAGCGCGUGGGACGAGCGGCUCACGUCGUGAAGUGAACGAUCUGUAGAGAGAUAGCCAAGUCCACAACAACGCGCGCGGUGGACUCUCUUCUUCUCCCCGUUCCAGGUUGGGUCCGGCGGUGGCAACGACAACGACGACGGCGGCGUGACAAAACAUGCUCAUGUUGGGUGGGAGUUUGGGUGUGCGGUGAUUGUAUAGCACCAGGCAAAGCACGACGUCCUCCUAUGUUCGGUGCGCCAGUGUUUAGUCUUGGUUGUUUUAUGCUCACGUUCGCCUCAUCGUCAUCACCGUCAUCAUCGCCAUCAUCGGCAGUCAGUAGCGACGGCGGCACCAGCAGCAGCAGCAGCAGCAGCAGUGGCAGCUCAAUGGUCCCAGAAGAGAUGUGCUGUUUUGGUUGAUGAUCGUGUGUACUGGCGAAAUAGCGAGUGGAACACGGAACGGAACGUGGUGGCUUGGCGUGGAUCUUAUCCAAAGUAGCGGACAACCAGACGAGCGAGAGAGAGGACGGGUACUGCAGCAGAGUGGCCGUUCGGAUACUCCAACGACGAGUACAACGACGACGACGUGCGCUCUCCACUGGCGUUGUUGUUGCCUUCGAGUUCUCGACUCGAAAGGAGUCAUCGCGCGCGCCAACAGACGACGGUGUGAUAUAACGUUUUAGUUGGACCUAGCACAUUAGAUGCAAACGGACUGUCGCGAAGUGAGGAUGUCAUAGUAGUAGAAAGCGUAUCUCCGGAAUAGUUUGCCAUCCCGCGCGGAUACCUGGUUCAAGCUCGAGCCAACAGAGCACUCCCAAGACCCCUGGGUCCAGUCAGUGUCCGAAUACAGCUGACCCCGGAUGGGUAUCCUAUCGGAUCCAACAAUCAAAAAUCAGUGAUCUAGUAUAAAUCUACAUACCACACACCUAUCCAAGUUAAGCAUUAAUCAAAACCUACUUCAUCCAGUGCAAUUGGAAUACGGAGCUGCCGAAAUUCCGGAACCCUCAGUGAUCAAAAAUCUUCAAACAAAAACAAAAACAAGUGCGAAGAAAAAAAUGUUCUCCAGAUGCGUUUUUGUGAGAGAUAACCUUUUUGUGUAUUGUGUGAAUCCUUCCGCUGGAAUACCCGGGUUUGUAAUACGACGCCUAAUUCACCCAGCACUAGUAUAGAGAAGAAACAAAAAAUCGGACCCAGACCGGAAGACAGCAACAAAGUUUCUGAAGAGGCAAAUCGGCGUGAUUGUUUGCGUGUGAACGCUAGGGGAAAAUUUCCUGAAACUGUUUUUUUUUCGUUUCUCCAUCUCCGUGAUAGUAAGCCGCUUCCUUGAAGGAAACAGCGAAUAAAAAAACACGAAUGAUCCCGUUGAAUCUGUGAAUGAAAAACUUCCCAAGUUAAUUGAGUUGAUCAAGAAGGAACCUAACAGGAAGAUACCGAGAUAAAUUAUAAAAAAAAAUACUCCCAACCGGGUGCUGCCGCUAAUUGCUGGCAUCCCACUUCGUCCUGCUUUUGGUUCUGAGUGAGAAAAUUUAUAUAGCCAACAAACCCGGAACGAGAGUGUACUUUCGCGGGGGAAAAAGAAAGUGUGCUCCGCGCGCAUUACUACGGCCGUCGCGAAUAAAAAAAAAACUCGCGAAAAUCAGCUGGUGGUGCGAAGAAAAAUAAAAAAGUUGAAAAAUAAGUACCAAAACGACUAUCGCGAGUGCGGUUGGUUGCUCUAGUAUAGGAGCUGCCCCCGGGGGAAGCCCCAGCCGAACCGAGAUACAUCACAAGAAGAAGCGUUAAAAAAACACAAUUCUGAGUGUCUGUGUGCAUAGCAAAAAGGACGUUGUGCCCGGCCGGAGCAAGGCCGGAAAAACAACAAUCCUGCCAAAAUGAGAAUUAAAAUGCCAGCUGUUCGGAUCGCACAAGAUUCAGACACCGGAGAAUCUGAAGGCACUCAAGAUAUCCUAACAUGCGGGUCCUGUCAGAAAACGUUCGCCCUCUCCGACAUUGUGCGAUUCAUCCAGCACAAAGUGCUGCAGUGCAACAAGGAAAACUACGGCCAGUGCUACUCGCAAGCAACGGCCGGUGAUCGCGAUUCGGACGAUGGUCGACCGCUUACCCUGGCCAACUCGAGGCGACCCUCGAUAUCGGCGCCGAUCUCAGCCCGCAAAUCCAGCGGAUCCCGGGUACAUACGCCCCCACCGACAAGCCCUGCCGAAAUGCUGCGGGACGGUGCUUCCAGUACGCCCAAGCGGCUCAACGAAGAUACCGAAACCGCCUGCUCGACGCGUUGUCCCUCCAGUAGCAGCCCGCUGGGCAACAGUGCCGGCGGCAGUGGCGCUGAGGACGAAGAUCCCAGUAGCAGCAGCAACAGCAGCAGCAGCAGUAGCAACAGCAACAAACCUGCCGAACCGUCCGGUGGUGAACCACCGGCGACCGUCGAAAUCAAACAAGAACAGCCGGAGUGCGGUGAUGUGAUCAACAGCAACAACAACAACGGUGACGACCGUUCGUCUCCGGUCAACGAUGGUGAGCCGGCUCUGAAAAAGCUUCGCACCAGCGCCACCACAAUAGCAGACGCCGAGUCUGCCGGUACGGCCAGCAGCGAACCUAGCAACUAUGUCUGUAGUACGUGCAAAACCAAAUACCAUUCGGCGUGGCUACUGGUGCAACAUGUCCAGCAUGCCCACCGGGUGAUGAUCUACGAGGUUUCAUUGGUGGACGAUGAACCGGAAGUGCGGAAAGAGGAACGGGACCGGAUCGAAAGCAAACACGCGGAUACGGACGAGUGCAACCAGGCGGAAGAAGCAGAUAACGGCAACGCUUCGGCAGUAAACGAACCAGAAUCGUUGGCUCAGAGUGGAAAAUCAACCUCUAUGAAUAAUCUUAGCAGUAGUUCAAACUGUUCUAGCAAUAACACGAGCACAAGCUCACGCUCACGGGGAAGUGGACUCAAUCUACUGCAGAAUCAGUUGCAACUUCCACAGCAACAACAGCAGCAGCAGCAACAACAACAACAGCAGCCCCCUCGUGAUUCCCAGAGUCUUCCACCGCCCGGUUUACGGCAUCAUCCACUUCUCCCACCGCCGGAAAUGCACCCGAACCCAUUUGGUUUACUUCGGAUGCCACAAAAUCUGCACCCACACAGCCCGCUCUUUGGCCGCGGUCACCAUGACUUUCGCAUGGAACACCUCAUGUCCGAGCAGUUUCGCAACCAUGGUCUCAAUCUUGCAGCAGCUGCAGUCGCUGCGGCGAACCAGCUAAAAUCCCACAACCAACAGUUUAGUUCCGGCAAUCCGGUAACGGAGCGUCCACCGUCAUCGGGGAGCAUCUCCCUACCCGGCACAACCCCUGCCGGACUCGUACUUGAACCCCACAUGGAUUUUUACUCACAGCGCUUGCGGCAACUCGCGGGUACCACCAGUCCCGGGACUAAUCCCAACACCUCCAACUCUCCUAGUCCCCGCAAGCAACACUCCCCUUCCUUUGCCAGUCCAUCCCCUUCCCAGCUACCACCGACACCGUUGACCAACAACUCUCGACCUCAAAGUCUAACGCCACCGGAAAAGCACACCGAACUGGGGCUGGAGUCAGGAACAAUCACCAACACGCCCCGGUCGGCGUCGACUCCUCCGAACAAGCAGAGCCAAAGCAACGACGCAUUCCAUUCGUGCGAAUUUUGUGGUAAAAAGUUUCGCUUCCACAGCAACCUGUUGGUGCAUCGGCGAACACAUACCGAAGAACUCCCGUUCAAGUGUACCAACUGCGAUUUUUCCUGUAUGGACGAACAUAAACUGCAACAGCACAUGAAAAAGCAUGGCCACCCGAACGAAGAUGGCAUUAGCGGGCCAGAAUCGAUGGAUUCUGACAUGGAGGAAGACUCCGAUAACGAGCUGAUGGAUGCGGAAGAUAUCGACGGUGAGGACAAUGAUGAUGAUCAGGACGAGAUGCUCGGGGAAGAGGCGGAAGAUUUGAGCAUGAGUAGUACUCAAAGCCACGCCAAGAAGGACGGCCAGAUGCACAUGCCAUCGUCGCUGGUCGGUGAGUUGAUGGACAAAUUCGGACUGUCCAACAUUGCCCAGUACUCUGAGGCCUACAAACAAGCCCUACAGGAGUCGGGAAACGCGUUGAAGCUGCAGCUGACAAGUAAAGAUCGAGAUAACAACAACAGCGCCAUGGCCAUCCCUGGACUGGCGGAAAAGUUGAACGGACUUCCGUCCGCGCUACGUAUCAAAGAGGAACUAGCGAAGAACAUGCUGCAGCAUCACAACACCCAACUUCCACAAGUUCCUCUAUUCAAUCCAUUCGAGAACCCUUUCGAAGCAUCCAAACGCAUGAAGCUGGAAGGCAGCGAAAGUUGGUGGAACAUGUCCGGCUUGCACCGGAACGAUUCCCUCUUCGAGAAUCUGAAACCGGGUCGUGAUCGAGGCCCGGGCGGUCUUCUCCAACCGAUGAUGAAGAAGGAAAACAAGCUUCGCAAUGAUACCUGCGAAUUCUGCGGCAAAGUGUUCAAGAACUGCUCCAAUCUGACCGUCCACCGGCGCAGUCACACCGGUGAGAAGCCUUACAAAUGUGAACUAUGUUCCUACGCGUGUGCGCAGAGUUCCAAGCUGACAAGGCACAUGAAAACCCACGGCCGGCUCGGCAAAGACGUCUACCGGUGUCGAUUCUGUGAAAUGCCCUUCAGUGUUCCCUCGACGCUGGAGAAACACAUGCGGAAGUGCGUCGUAAACCAAGGUAAGCUGCAGCAGCAACAGCAACAACGCGAACUGCAACACCUCCAACAUCAACAGCAGCUGCAUCACCAGCAGCAGAUUGCUGCUCAGCAGCAACUAGCAGCGCAACAGAUGGCAGCAGCAGCUGCAGCUCAACAGCAACAAGCCGCUGCGGCUGCCGCCGCCGCACAGCAGCAUCAACAUCGUGAACAUCUGCAGCAACAAAUGCAGCAAUCAACACUACAACCUCCGCGAGAAAUAUCGCUACUUCCGGUGUCCCCAUCUCAGCCACCACAACUUCCUUCCGGUCUACUGCUGCCACCACUACCCGUCCCGCCAAUCGUCUCACUAGCGGAGCACCAGGAACGUACCGGUACUCCCUCGAAUGGCAGCAGCAGUCAUCCGAGCAACCCCAUUGUCAAAGAGGAAGCGGCAACGGCAUGACUUUACCCUCCCUGGAGUGGUUACGAACUGCCCCCGAAUCGAAUGAUGUCCCGGAUCUACUAGGAAAAUCGGACUGAAGGUACGAGAUCCCUUUCCCUCCUCUUUGGUAGGAAACGAUCUUCUAAGUUUGGUUCGUUUUUCCAUUCGAACGACAUUUAGGCCGAAGAUUAUAAUCUUUUGUUUUUGACGACGCAAUCCGUCGAAACAUCAAAAGCAAAGGAGAAUAAACUUCGGCUGCGAAAAAAGAGGAAUACAUUUAACGUUUUACGAAGAAAUCAGAGGCAUUAAUACCAAAGUUUAAAGCGAGAAACACAAUUAUUAGCACAAAACAGAUUUUUUAUUUCUCGAUUCUGUAAAUACUAGCACGGUAAGGACAAGAAAGGCAUUUAAUUUAGUUAAAGAAAAUGAUAAAUUAUUACUCCUGCACACUUCCGCGACAGAAAGACACCCGAGAUAUCGGUAGCGACAUGUACAUUCUCUCCCCUUUUUGUUUUAAGAAAGAAAAAAUAAAAUAUAAAUAAAAGUUUAGAGUUUUUAUGCAAAAAGUCAGUAAAGCACAUCACACUGGGCGAAAAUGUCACAUUCGAAUGACGCUCGCGCCCCCCCAUCAUUCGGCACUGUUAGCAACUGAAGGCGAUCUAGUAAGUUUUUGUUGAUACUAUUUUAUAACUCUUUGAAGUACCUUUCGCUUCGUCUCCUAAUUUGUUGUAAGAUAACUGUUUAGGCUAAUUGAAAUAUGUGACAAAUCUUUUUCACCCCAUGCGUUUCAUCUGUUCGGUUUCAUCUCUUAUUAGAACUUCUUUUCUGUUGUUUAGCGUCGUCUUUUGACCGUUUUUUCGAUUUUUUGAGGUUAUGUUUCUCCUGUUGUAUGUAAAUAAUGGUGACCCUCCCAAGUCAUUUGUAACAUAUUGCAGUAAAAAUCCAACCGCUGGCGAAUAGUUUUUCUUUAUAUCUGCUAGAUUCUACGUUAAGACUGAACUAUUUUCUCUAUGUUUUCUAGCGUAAUCUUUAUUCGAUUAUAUUUAUUGGAUCUCUUAUUGGUUAAUAAUCGGCUGCAUUCUAUAGGCACUCCCCCUGUUUCGGCAUUGUAAGGAGGAAUGUCUAUAAAAUAAGAUGAAAAAAAGGAAACACCAAACUGUUUAUCUAAUUUUAGAAGUCGCUAAAAUGCAAAAAUUUUCCAAGCAACAAUCGGUUUAAUUCUUUCGUUCUGAUUGCUCAACAUUCCGAAAAACUUUCCUGCAACACUAACGGUGAAAGACAAAGCAGCAUUUUCAAAAAAACAAACUGUAGUCACGAUACGGUUAAUUUUAACUUUAGAGACGACAGUAGAGAAAAAAACAAGAGAAAAAUCACACGAAGAUUCCUAUUAAACAUUAUGAAUUUAUGUAAAUGUACAAAUUGAACCUAAGUAUAAAACCGGUGGGAAAAAUCAUGUAAUAAAUUUAAACAAAAAAAAAAAGUAGUAAUUUAUUUGAAGUGAGGCAAAACUCGAGAAACAAUAAUAGGAAGAGAAAAAAAACAACAGCCACACGUUUGAGAGUAGACGAUAAAUGGAAACAAAGCAGAAACCGAAAAUCAUGCACAUACAGGCAUUAUACAACUCUCACAUAGACAAACACACUGAAACGCAUACUUAUUACACACAAAACUAAAAAAAACGAAUACAAUAUUUAAUCGAAGUGAAAAAUCCCAUUAUUGUAUUUAAUGCAAAUAUAGUAAAAUAACGGAAAAAAGAUCAGACAAAAUGCAAGAAAACCUAUAUUGUAUAACGAUAAUAAAAACGUACUUAAAGAAAUAAAUAAAAAAAUAUAAAUGUUUACAAAA